AUGUGGGCGUCCGUAGUCUCGCUCGGGGCCCUCGUGCUGGCCCUCGCGCCGCCGGUGAUCGCGGACGGUGGCCCUCGACCGCUGCCCUUCGGCCUGGUGCGGGAGUCGCACAGCGGAGUCAGUCUCCCCGACCUGGACGGUGUGCUGACAGUGCUGGCCAACACCCUGGAGGUGAAGACGGCGGAGUCCGGCGCCAGCAGGGUGGUGUCGCGUCUCCAUGUGGCGACCGCUGAGUCGGAAGAUCCUCUGUGUCGGAAUCACACGCAAAUUCUGUGGGAUUCCAUUCCGAACGAAUUGUGGGCUAUAGCUAUGCUGGACGCCAGCGGCAAGCUGCCCGACGGCAUCCUGAUGGGCAACAUCCACGCGUUCGGCUCCUACGACGAGUGUCUGGCGGUGGAGGUGCGGCUGAACGCCUCCCGGCACCCGGAGCUGCCGGAGCGCGGCCUCCACUUCCGCGGCCGCUACGCCAUGACGGUGGUGUCGCCGCCUGCGGCGCGCGGCGGGCAGGCGGAAGGCCGCGAGCGGGGCGCUGGGGGCCUCGGCGGGCCCGUGCUCGUGCCGACCUCGCUCGGCGUGCAGCUGUGGGCCGGCCUCUGCAUCCCGUCCAGCUGCUCGGCGGCUGACCUCCAGGCCGGGCUGGCCGGCCGGCUGGGCGGCAACUUCUCGGUGGCGGUGCCCAGCACGGAGACGGCCGCCGACGCGGUGGCGCUGACGCCUGGAGACGUGGUGGUCAUCACCGUCUGCGGUCUGGUGGCCGUGCUCAUGGCCGUCGGCACUGGCGUCGAUCUCCUCCUCCGUGAGCAAGCCAGGCGCCGCGCCAGGCGGGCAGAGCGCGUCGCAGUCGAUGGGAAGGAUGGAGAUGGGUCGGUUCCGCCCGGUGGUGACGUGCAGGACCCGGCGAAGGCCCACCAAGCUCGUCCGUCACCUCCGGCCAAAGGACUACAGGUUCUCGUCGCCUUCUCAGUGUACACGAACGGAAUGAGGAUCCUGGGCACGACGCACGCUAAAGGAACACUGACGUGCCUGCACGGCAUGCGGUUCUUCUCCAUGACCUGGGUGCUCACAGGUCACGUCUUCGGGAUGUACCUGGGGUACGCCCAGAACGGCCUCAUGUUCCUCGACUGGGCCAAGAACCCCGCCUUUUCCGUGGUUCUCAACGCCUACCCGAGCGUGGAUACGUUCUUCCUGCUGUCGGGCCUCCUGCUGGCCUACGUGUUCUGCGGUCGCUACGAGCGGCACAAGCGCUUCAACCUGCCCAUGUUCUACCUGCACCGCUACCUGCGUCUGACACCCCCCUACGCCAUCAUGCUCGCCAUCUCGGCCACUUGGUUCGUGCACCUGAUGCACGGCCCCAUCUGGCACGCCUGGAUCGACCCACAGGUGGACACGUGCCGCCACUAUUGGUGGCGCCACCUGCUCUACAUCCAAAACUACUUCGACGCCAGUGAGGAGUGCCUGCCGCAGACGUGGUACCUCUCCAACGACAUGCAGCUGUUCGUGUUGUCGCCCCUGGUGCUGCUGCCGCUGGUCUGGCGACCUCUGGCCGGCGCGCUGUGGCUGCUGGUGGCCAUCGCGGCGCUCAUGGCUGCGCGCAUCGCCGUCUGGUGUGUGCAAGACCUGCCACCCGACCGGAUGGUGCUGCGCCCCGAGCACGCCCAGCAGCUGGGCGAUAUCUACGUGGCCAUCUGGGCGCGCGCGCCCGUCUGGCUGCUGGGCGUGGCGCUGGGCUUCGCGCUGCACCGGCUGCGCGGCCGGCGCGUGCGGAUGCGGGCCUGGCAGUGGUCGCUGGGCUGGGCAGCGGCCAUCGCCACCGGCCUAUCCGUGGAGUACGGCAUGUGGGGCUACCAGCUGCCCUGGGAGUCGUACAGCCGGCCCGUGGCGCUGGCCUUCGGCACCCUCCACCGCUUGGCCUGGGGUCUGGCCGUCUCAUGGGUGGUGUUCGCCUGCGUCACUGGCUACGGCGGCUUCGUCAACACGUUCCUUUCGUACCCCGCCUUCCUGCCGCUCAGCCGCCUCACAUACUGCUGUUACCUUGUACACAUCAGUGUCCUUGAGGCCAGCACUCUCUCCAGCAAGGGCACCGUUUAUUUCGAUGGGCUGCGACUGUUGUAUCUGAUCCUGGAUGUGGGCAGAGGAUAA